AUGUUCGGUGUGCAGUUUGUGCCUGAGAAGAGGCAGUCCAUGGGUGUCACUGGGGUGAAGGUUUUUGUGUUUAGGGUGACACCAUGUCUGGUGCAGGGUCAAUCCAAAGGAGCUUUCCAGGUAACCAAGGGGUCUGGGGGAGAGGUGACCUCCUCUAGCACUAUGGCAUCUGGCAAGGGACCAACGACUGGGGACGUCACUCCCUUCUGCCGCGCCAGGCCACCACUUUCCGCGGGCGGUGCUGCCAAGGCAGGCCGCCUGCGCGGGGCAGUCAGAGUCCCCCUCCUUGAGCGGGUUGUGGCGGAGAGCGGGGCAGGGAUUGGCUGGAGUGUGGCAGCCCAGCGGGGCGGGGGCGGGGGCGGGGGCGGGGCCGGCCUCUGGCUCCCUCUUCGUCCGCAGGUGGCUGGCGGCCGCAGAGCAAUACAGUUCGCUCACCCCUCGCCGGCCGCGUCUCCUUCCGGCUCUCCUCGCGUCACCGGAGCUGCGGCGUUCGCCAAGAACUACCUGGAGGCAUCCUCCCUGCCCAGCGGCGAUUGCGGCCGCCCCAGGGCGCGGCCCGGAGGAAACCGGGUGACGGUGGUGCUCGGUGUGCAGUGGGGCGACGGCAAAGGGGAGGUGGCGCAUCUGCUGGCGCAGGACCCCAUGCGCCGCUGCCAGGGAGGAAAUAAUGCUGGCCAUACAGUUGUUGUGCAUUCUGUGGAGUAUGAUUUUCAUCUCUUACCCAGUGGAAUAAUUAUUCCAAAUGUUACUGCAUUCAAUGGAAAUGGUGUGGUAACUCAUCUACCUGGAUUGUUUGAAGAAGCAGAGAAAAAUGUUCAAAAAGGAAAAGGACUAGAAGGCUGAAAAAGGCUUAUUUUAUCUGACAGAGCUCAUAUUGUAUUUGAUUUUCAUCAAGCCGCUGAUGGUGUUCAGGAACAACAGAGACAAGAACAAGCAGGAAAAAAUUUGGGUACAACAAAAAAGGGCAUUGGCCCAGUUCAUUCUUCCAAAGCUGCUCGGAGUGGACUUAGGAUGUGCGAUCUUGUUUCUGACCUUGUUGGCUUCUCUGAGAUGUUUAAAGUUCCAGCUAAACAAUACAAAUCUAUACAUCCCACUUUGGAAAUAGACAUUGAAGGUGAAUUACAAAAUCUCAAGGAAAUUGGAGAAUUAUUACAAACAAUAGGUAGAGAGUUUGGUGUAAUUAUUGGAAGGAAAAGAAGAUGUGGCUGGUUGGACCUCGUUUUGCUCAAAUAUGCUCAUAUUAUCAAUGGAUUUACUGCGCUGGAAGUUACCAAGUUGAAUAUUUUGGACAUGUUUAUGGAAAUCAAAGUUGGAGUUGCUUACAAGUUAGAUGGUCAAAUCAUACCUCAUAUUCCAGCAAAUCAAGAAGUCUUAAAGUUGAAGUUCAAUAUAAGACUCCAUGAGAAUGGAACACAGACAUAUCAAAUGCAAGGGCAUUUAAAGAACUACCUGUUAAUGCACAAAACUAUGUUCGAUUUAUUGAAGAUGAGCUUCAAAUUCCAGUUAAAUGGAUUGGUGUUGCCUCCACUGGAGCGUAUAUUAAUCACCCCGGUGUUAACCGCCGCUCCCACCCUUGGGCCAGUCCGCAUCAGUGAGAACUUGGCCGAUGCGCGGUGCUUGGUCAACCCCGGCUAUGAGGACUUGAUCGCGGCGCGGGUGGAGGCGGGGCGGUGGGGAGGGACGGUGCGGAGAGCUAAAGGGGUUGGAAGGUGUCGCCGGCGGCUUGGCGGGCGUAUCUGUGUUCCUGUUCCGGCUGCAAAACAGAAAGCCCCUGCCCAGCGAGCAGCGGUUUCCGCGGGGGCGGAACAAACAGGCAGAGCCAAGUGCGUCCUGGAGGCUUCCCCCGUUGCGAAGGUUGGGACUCUUGUUUCAGGGUUCUUGGCAUUGACUCACUAA